CUCUUCCAUUUUCCUUUCCCACCAGUUUCAGGUUAUCAUCGACUUCAAACAUGUUUCAGGGCUUCUAAUAGUGUCUUUUCUGGGUUAACUUUUAUCCUACCCCUAGUAUGUGUUGUGUAAUAGUAGUCUUUUCUUUGCAAAUCAUUAAACGAAAAAAGAAACCUUUUAAAGUUUGGGCCUUGCCCAUAGAGAUAGGGAUGAGCAGACCAAAAAUAAAGGAAUGAGCAGACCCCUCUCGUGUUUCUCGCUACACAAGUGUAAAACCCACUGAAAAGCCAGACCAAGCAAGGGUAGAACGGUUGCCACUGACUCAGAGGAAGUUGCAGAUAAUCUAGGUGGAGAGAAGGGACAGGAGUGACAGAGACAACAAAGAGAUAUGCUUCGUUUGUCUGCUACUGCUGGUGCUCCUGCGGUUACAACAUCUAACACCAAUCUUGUGCUGUUAUUCUCCACCAAACUUUUAAUUACUGAUUCUACUACAUUCUCUUCUUUCACGUCUUGCUCACUGAGGACAUCUCGGCUGCACACCAGUUGUAGACCAAUAAAAACGCUGGCUGCCCAAGAAACUCAAUCCUCAGCCUCAGCCUCAUCCUCAGGUGACAGGCAGGCUCUGAUAUCUUUGUCAGACAAAAACAAUCUUGCCUUUUUAGGGAAUGGGCUUCAAAGCUUGGGAUAUAAAAUUGUUUCCACUGGAGGAACUGCAUCUGCUUUAGAAAGUGCCGGGGUGUUUGUCACUAAAGUUGAAGAACUUACUUGCUUCCCGGAGAUACUCGAUGGUCGUGUAAAAACUUUACACCCCAACAUUCAUGGGGGUAUCCUUGCUAGAAGAGACCAAAAACAUCAUAUGGAAGCUCUUAGUAAUCAUGUAAUCGGUACAUUUGAUGUAGUUGUGGUGAAUUUAUAUCUUUAUGAUAAAGUUACUUCAAAGUGAGGAAUAGAAUUUGAGGAUGGAAUUGAGAAUAUAGAUAUUGGUGGUCCUGCCCUGAUUAGAGUGGUUGCAAAGAAUCACAGAGAUGUCCUGGUGGUUGUUGAUUCAGAAGACUAUCCUGCGCUACUAGAAUAUCUUAAAGCAGACAAUGACGUCCAACAAUUCCGAAGAAACCUUGCGUGGAAGGCUUUCCAACAUGUUGCUUCUUAUGAUUCUGCCAUUUCAGAGUGGCUUUGGAGGCAGACUACCAAAGAUAAAUUCCCUUCUAGCUUAAUCGUCCCUCUGUUGCUCAAAAGUUCCCUUCGCUAUGGAAAUCCUCAUCAAAAGGCUGCAUUUUAUGUUGACAAGAGUCUUUCUGAGGUUAACGCUGGUGGCAUUGCAACUGCUAUUCAACAUCAUGGGGAGGAAAUGUCAUAUAAUAACUAUUUAGAUGCUGAUGCGGCUUGGAAUUGUGUGUCAGAGUUCAGGAGUCCUACCUGUGUUAUUGUAAAGCAUACAAAUCCUUGUGGUGUAGCAUCACGUGAUGAUAUACGUGAAGCAUACAUGCUUGCUGUCAAAGCAGAUCCAGUGAGUGGAUUUGGUGGCAUUGUAGCUUUCAACAUAGAGGUUGACGAGGAUAUUGCUAAAGAAAUCCGAGAGUUUAGAAGUCCAACAGAUGGUGACACUCGGAUGUUUAAGUAUUCAAAGAAAGGGCUUGAAAUCCUUCGUGGAAAAUCAAAGACUCUAAGGAUCCUUGAGGCAAGUAAAAAUGAGAAAGGAAAACUUUCUCUAAGACAGGUUGGUGGUGGGUGGUUAGCCCAGGACUCGGACGAUUUGACUCCCCAAGAUAUCCAGUUUAAUGUUGUGUCUAAGAAGUGUCCACAAGAACAUGAGCUCAGUGAUGUAGAGUUCGCAUGGUUGUGUGUCAAACAUGUCAAAAGCAAUGCCAUAGUAAUUGCAAAGAAUAACUGCAUGUUGGGCAUGGGAAGUGGACAGCCGAACCGUCUGGAGAGUUUAAGAAUAGCAUUGAAGAAAGCAGGAGAGGAGGUCAAGGGCGCAGCUAUGGCUAGCGAUGCCUUCUUCCCAUUCGCUUGGAAAGAUGCCGUGGAAGAAGCAUGUGAAAGUGGAGUUAGUGUUAUUGCAGAACCUGGUGGCAGUAUAAGAGACGGAGAUGCUAUAGAUUGCUGCAACAAGUAUGACGUUUCACUUAUUUUUACUAAUGUGAGGCACUUCAGGCAUUAAUUUCAGAUUCUUUUUUUUUCACUUACAUCCCACCACCAUCGCUUAGAGCUCAGAAUCUAUUUUCUUCGGAUCAGUAGGUAUUUUUUUCUUCUCAGCUGUAUGAUGCAUGUAUUUUUUUAUGCCGACUGGCUAAUGUUGAUAACUAUAUGAUCCAUUUAUCUGAAGUUAAGGAAGCUUCAUUUCCA